AUGAAGGCACUGAAGAAGCUGUUCAUCCUUGCCACCAUUGCCAUAUCAAUAACCGCCAUCGUAACCCUCACUGCCACCAACUCCAAAAAUCCUCCGCCGCCAGCCGCCGCCACCUCCCAGCCACCUUCCGGAAGGCUGGCCGCCCGUUUUCUGCAGCAGAGAGCGAAAAACCGUAAGGCGGCCGAUCACUGCAAUCGAGAAAACGAGAUCUGCAGCUACCUCUCGGGCGUGACGGGACAGAACACGACGUGCUGCAACAACAAGUGCAUCGACAUAAAUUACGACCACAACAACUGUGGAGGCUGCAAGAGGAAAUGCGCGUUUACUGAGACGUGCUGUCGAAGGGAAUGUGUCGACCUCGCCUAUGACAAGAGGCACUGCGGCUAUUGUAACCAUAGGUGCAUGCCAGGUGGCUACUGUAUAUACGGCAUGUGUGAUUAUGCGUGA